AUGUCUCAGAAGAUGACCGCCCCGCCGGUCGACCGGAUCUCUACGUCGGACGACUCCGCUGAGGCGCCUCCGCCGUACUCGGUCGAAUCGGCAGAGCCUUCUCCUAUCAUAGCAACACCCAUCGCCCCGGCUCCCCUUGCUGUUGCCCCUUCACCCGUCAGUCCAGCGGGCCACCAUUCAGGCAGCGAACCCGUUCAUCAAGGACCAAAGCCUGUCUUUCCCUUCCUUGCCUCCAUACCUCUUCCCUCUCCCAGCCAGAAAGCGCCCAAAGACAAGGUCACCAACUUCCGAGACGGCAUAGCAGAGGGCGGCAAGGGCGCUUGGGCAGAGAUCAGGGAGGGUCUCAAGAGACCUGCCAAUGGGAUAGCUGAGAGCGUCAAGCAAGGCAGCGUACUGGGUGUCGUCGGUGGGCUCGUUGAAGGCACUAUCGGCCUUGUCGGCGCCACGGUCCGCGCAAGCGUCGUACUCGGAAACCAUACCUCUCGAGGCGUCAUACGCGGUAUGCGCUCUCCAGGGGAUCAUACUACCCCUCUCCCCGAAGCGUCCGGUUCCUCGCCCUCUCCCGACUUUGCGCCCGAACACAAACCCACAACCGGUCCUACGGCCGGUGCGUCAUCCUCAGCCCAAGCGGGAUUCGGAAGCGGCAUACCCAACCUCAAUGCGAAUGGGUACCCGGCAGACGAGAAGAGAGAGGGGGCACCGGCAUAUACGCCUGCUGCCAACUCAGGCGGAGGAGACAGUUCCAGAAGGGAGGCAGCUGAGGAGGAAGAGAGGCUGAGCCCGAUCGAGAUGGAUACCAAGAUUGAAGUGGGAGUUGGGCUCAGGGGUGGGGGCGGCCAAGGUAUAGACUGGUGGCAAGUCGGCAUCAGAGCUUGGGUUUGGGGAUGGCAGGUCUCAGGCCCAACCCAACCAGGUACCGCUCCCCCUCGCGCGAGCCAAUGGCGGGAUGUCUCAGAUCGGUUCCUCGGCCGGUCAUCGCUCCAUCACUCGACUCGCAUAUAUUCCUCAUCUCUCAACCUCAACUUCUUCUUCCAUUCAUCAUCCUCAUCACACUCCUCCCCGUCCUACAACCCAAACACACCCAAAAUGCCCCCUUCAUCCAACCCGAACCCGUCCGCAGCCCAUCAGGGGCUGGCGAUCCUCGGCGGCUUCAAUGCCAAUAUGACCAUCGUCUACCCCGAGGACAGCGAUGACGAGGCCCUCCCCAUCGCCUACCCCUCGCCCGGCGCUUUCGCCUCGGCCACACGGGCAUUGCGGUACCCCGACGGGCGCGUCUUGCAUGGUGCCCACAUUCCCGGCAUGCCGCCGUCUCCAGCGCCUCCCCACGCAACCGUCGGGGAUCAUGGCGCACCCACACCUUCGGCGGCCGCUACAGCGUCCACUACCGCUGCGGCUCCCACGGCGGCGAGAUCUACGGCCCCGGACAAACCACUACCCGUGUUGCGAUUGACGCGGCCCUCGACGUCCACGGUCAACACCCUAUCCCCACAGGUACAGGUGCCCGUCAUCGACUGUGCGGACGCAGACACGACGGUACCCGAGGCUCUCCCAGCCCCAGACCUCGACAACAAUGCUAUUGGGCUCUUCGUCGAAGCCAGCGGCAACAGGGAGCUGGACGUCCCGCAAAUCCCUUGCACGGCGCCAGUCCCAGUUGAGGUGGAGCCAACUCCAGCCCCACCCCGCCGUUCUUUGCGCGACCUCCUCACUCCCAUACUGCAGCCACUCGGGCCGAUCCCCAUCACAGGUCUGGGCCCUUUCCGCAAUCUCAACCGCAGCCUCGUCCCGAACAUCCCCGAGGCUACGAUCGAGGGUGUCAAAGAAGCUGUGCGACAGCUGCGCGAGGGGCUCAAGGCACCGGUCGUGCAGACCAUGGAGAUGAUGGAGAGUCAAGGAAUUCUCGGUGCGCCAAUGGGGCUCGUUGCAGGCACGUGCAACCUCGUCCUAAGCCCGGUCCGGGCUGUCUGCACGCUCUCGAACCACAUUAUCCGGGGCGCUGGAAACAGCUUGUUCAAGCCUACACCUGCUGCCGCGCCUGCAACCACACUCAGUCCCGGACCCGGCUACAUCCCUCUCGACAGCGACAGCGACCACUCUUCCACUCCUACCAACACGGAGCAGCUAAACACACCCAUCACACCCCGACCUCCUCUGCAGCAAGAGUCCGAGACCAGCACCGCCGCCGCCGAGGAUCAGCCCCACUACAACGACGCCGGUCCCAGCUACCCCCUCUCGGAGUCGCCGCCCAAGAUGUCCCGGCUCGAGCGCUUCCAACGGGCGGAAGCGCGCAGGGCAGCAGGAAUGACACUUCCUGGGGGAUCGGACUGGACGUUCAGCAGUGCAGGAAGCAACUGGUCGUCUGCCGACGAAGACCAGUGGCAAAGGGAGUCGCAGGAACGGCAGAGGCUGACCAGCCGGGAGCCGGACCAGAUGUCGGGCAGGGCUGGGGAGUCGGGUGAGGGAGGGCGCGGACAGGGAAGGGCGGAGCAAGUGUAG